CGGAGUUAGUGUGUGGAUACUGGCUGGAGGGAGACAGUGUUGCUUAUUGCCCGGACGGCUGGCAGAGGGCAUAAAAACAGAUUCAGCGCUGUACUUGUGCACUGUUAGCCUCAAAAUUCUUCCCUCUGCUGUCUUUCUUACAACAUUCGAUACACUUUGCCAAUCUACUUCACCUGCAAAAUCUCAUCGGGUUGACAUUGUGGACAUAUAUGAAUCUAUACGUGAAAGACAGCGUCAUGACAGCGAAAGGUCUACGUGUAGCACCUUAGAGCAGAAUGACAUAGAAGCAGUCCAGGCACUUGUUUGUAUGAGCUCCUGGGGUCAAAGAUCACAGAAAGGUGACCUAUUAAAGAUAAGGCCACUUACACCCAUCUCAGAUUCAGGUGACUUCACCAUGCAUGCAGAAGCUGCCUCUGAAUUACCAAAGGAUUAUCACUUUUUGUCUACACUGUGUAUGACCCCACCCCACAGCCCUGAUUUUGUUGAGCCAUCGACUACAAUGCUCCUUUCUUCACAAGUCACUUAUUCCAAGCCAAGGACAGUCAUGGCAAAUACAUCUGUUUGCGUAGUCACCUCUACAAACUGUGCAUCUGCCAUAGCCAAACCAUCUGUCAUAAACAUGGAGAGACAGUCCAGUCGGAAGUCAGCAAUACCUGAGCCACCUGCCCCUCAGCCUUGCAGGGCCAUGGCAACCAGUGUGAUACGUCAUACGGGCGAUAGUUCUGCUUACCCCCACAUUCCUGCUGUGCAAGUUAAAACAAAGGUAACUUCAGGCAAUUGCAGCACUUCCACAGACUGGUGUGAAGCACAAGACCGAAGACAUUCCAGAGUUUCAGAGGACAUGGACACUGCUGAUGGUUUAAUUAGUGAUACUUCACCAGUACAUCAGGCUUAUGUGCACAACUCCAGUUGUAACGCUACCAAUAAAGGGCAACAGCCAAUACGGCCUGUUUCACCGCGGACUUGUUUACCAAAGAACUGUGACAACUACCUACAGAAAAAAGCCACCCAGCUGCUACCUACCCCUGUUUCAAACCCCCAAGUCAUCUGCCAAAUGAUCCCUUUUAACAGGCAAAGACGUAUGAUUUCUGCCUUUAUAAAACCCCCUACACAGACAGUCGCAACUACUGUCCAACCUAUUUUACCCCAAACAGCCCCAGUUUCUCAGCCUGUUCUCAUGGGAUCUUCUGUGCCUCAGGGGACUGUUAUGUUGGUUCUUCCACAGACUGCUGUUGCACAGACACCACAGUGCCAACAAACAGUAAUGACUGUUGGAAACACCAAGUUAUUGCCUCUUGCUCCUGCACCAGUUUUUAUUGCUUCUGGUCAAAGCUGUGCACCUCAAAUGGACUUCUCAAGAAGGAGAAAUUACGUUUGCAACUUCCCAGGCUGUAGGAAAACUUACUUCAAAAGUUCCCACCUCAAAGCCCAUCUUCGUACUCACACUGGAGAAAAACCUUUCAGCUGUAACUGGGAAGGCUGUGACAAAAAGUUUGCCCGCUCAGAUGAACUUUCUCGACACCGAAGAACUCAUACUGGAGAGAAGAAGUUUGCUUGUCCUGUGUGUGAUCGUCGUUUCAUGCGCAGUGAUCACUUGACAAAACACGCCCGACGUCAUAUGACUACAAAGAAAAUACCCAGUUGGCAGACACAGGUUGACAAACUGAACAGAAUUGCUACAGCAGAGAAACCUAAAAGUGAUGGUGCAUUGAACAUGCUCAUACCCAUACCAACCUCUGCCUAAGUGGGCUAGUUGGACAAAAAAAUCUGCUCUCUGAACUUUCUAAAAGUCAGGAAGAGCUAAAAUGGUUAAAACCGAAUUGACGAUGUUUUCUUAACUUCUGUUCAUAUUUGCCUCUUUAAUAGGGUGGAAAAAAGGUAUGUAAUUAUUUUUUUCAGUUUAGGCUCUGUUCUGAUGAUAUCGUAUGAGAACUCAAUUGUGUGUGUGUCUCUCUUUUUUUUUUUUUUGGUUCCUCUUUUCCUCAACAUUUGGGCAUCCAGUCACCAGCACUUCAGAAAAGCAGAACUCUUUGGAAACAAUUUGGGUACUAGAGUAUUAAAAGCAAAACUCAUUUGAGUAACAAUUGCUGUUCAUAUUUGAUACAAAGUAAAACAAGUGAUUUUUAAUGUUUUAUAUACUAGUAUUUUCUAUACAAAAUAUAUUUUAUAUUUGUUCAGCUAGGGCUUGGCCUGCCGUCAUUGAAACUACUUGCAUAAGUAAAAGUGUGCAAAAUCAGACCCUUUGUUUGGAAACUGCUUUUCACUAAGCCGCAAGAAACUUAAUUAAAACAUUUUAUAAACAUAUAAACACAUUGGUUAACUCAGAAUGUUUUGGAACUCUACACGUUUAGAGCCUGAUCCAGCAAUCAGUUUGCACAGUCAGACCUUCAUUCAGAUGAGAUUGCAGGAGUGGGACUUAAAAGCCUGUUGCCAUUUACCAAAAAAAAAAAAAAAAAACUCCAGGAAUAAAAGUGUGCUUCUUGAAAUCCACAACAAUUAAUUGAAUUAGGUUCCUUGAAGGAAAAAAUUGCACUUAGCAUGUUUCAUACACUUUGCUGUGGUAAAUCCUUAUGACUUCAGGUGGAAGCUUGAAAGACACACACUCCUGAUCAGUUUUUGUUCUGACUGAGCAAAGUUUGGAGAGCCAAGACUGUUCAAGUGGAUGCGCAAGGACAGCUGCUUCUGAAGAAUUUUGCCACCAUUAAGAAAUUUUUACUUGUUGAUGCUAAUCUGCUGCAAUCUACUGUAAACACAAAACUGGUAGAUGGUGACAAAACAGCUGUCCUGUAUAGUAAACUGGAUCUCUGAUUUGUAUUUCUCUGUUUUUAAAAUGUUAGGUUUUUUUUAUAUAGUAUUUAGGUUAGACUCUUGCACACCUAAUAAUGAACUGUUCAAGACUUCAGUUUGUAUCAAAAGCACACACCCAAAGUCUAAUUUAAAACACAGCCACUUUGUUAAACUGAUGAGCCUCUUCUUACGGCCUUAUACAUCAUGCUAUUUUGCAUUCAGAACCACUCUUCUCUAUUAAAUGAAAUAUUCUUCCUGUUGAAUGGACUUUCUUUUCCAUCAAAGUAGGUUAUGACUAAGAUGAAUUGCAAAAUUGCCAGCUGCAGGACUGCUCUGUUGUAACUUUCUUUAGUAGUAUAGUAUGAUUAACAAAAUUAAGUGUGUAGCACAACUAGAUCACUCAGCUUCUGUGUCAAGAAGAGAACACACACACACACACACACAUUAUAUUAACAAGCAAAGAUGUUUGCUGUAGUGCUGAGAUCAGACUUGGUGUAACAUCUGACAUUUCAUUAGUACCCAGAAUCAUUGGCUAUAGAACAGAUUAAAAAUAGCUUUUUGACUAGCGUGGUACCUUCCUUAAUCCAAAUAUUUCUGUGCUGUCGGUUGAUUCCUUGUGCAACUUGGCUGCUUCUAUUGCAAACAUCUUUUAACAUUAACAACUUCAUAAGGACUUUGCCUUAAGCUUAUUUAUUUAUUUCAUUUGAGUCUAAAUUUCCUAUCGUGAACAGCCUUCUCCUUAAAAUGUGGUUCUAAUCUGAAAAGUAAUAAUAUAAAAAUGGCAUUUUCAUACUCCAGGUCAUCUGCUUCUUGUGUGUGCGUUCAGUUGCAUCUCCCUCUUUACUGACAAAGUAUGUUUUUGCUACUCUUUGCUCUUAUGAGCCUGUCACAGUCAACACAACUAACGGAGCGUGAGCUGGAUUCUCUUCCAUUUUGCAAAAUAAUGGUUUACUAAGUUCAGUCUGUUACACUUUUUGAAAUCCACUGAGUGUCCAUAUGGAACAGUAUUUCAAUUUGAAGUAAAAUGAUUGGACUUUCCUACUACCAGCAAAUAAUACAUUGAAACUGUCAGUAAUAUUGAGCUUUUGAGAAGAUAUCUAAAUUUCCAGAUGAAUAAAACAUCAAUAUUUGGAAAUGUGCUGCAUGUUGCACUGCUUCAUUAGUCUGAAAACUUUGUUUUGUUGUGCAGUCUGUUGGUCUGAUUCUGCGCACAUAUGGACUGGUGCAAACACGCUGAAAUCAGUUUAUAGUUCAUGUGAAGUCAGUGAAGCGCAUGUGUAACAGCAGAAUAUACUCCUAUAUCUAGGUUUUUAUGCCUCUGGUUAUAGUUAUUGGUAAUUUUAAGAUUAUGCUAAAUUGAAACAUUGCGCUCAGUGUACUUAAUUUUUGUGCAUAUCCUUUAAAAUGUCCAAUCCUUGUUCAUUUUACAUUUAUUAUGACACAGCUGAUCAUCUGUACUCCUGGGGGAAUUCUGCCCCACUGUGCAUGCACAGAAUUUUUUUCCAGACCCAAUACAUGCUGGGAAGGUGCUGCAGUUAUUCUUUUUGCCCACCAGGGGCUGUUGUGUCGCCAGAACAGAGAGCAGCUGCUUCUGUGCGGGAGCAGCCCCAGCUGCAGAUAGGGAAGAAGGAGAGGCUGCCUUCAUCACAGUGUCCUGCCCAUGGGGCCAGGUCAGGAGGCACAGGAUAUGGGGGGACAGACAGCAUGGGCUGCUGGGGAAAAGGUCACAGACGAGUUCAGAAAGGCAAGUGGGGGCACAGAUUGGGGCGGGGACUGAAUGGGAGUGGGGGCGCAGGGCCACGUGGGGACGGGGGCAGAUGUGCCUGUCUGACUGAGAAGGGCUAGGGGGUCAGUCAGCGUCUGCAUGAUGGAGGCUCCCUAACAAUUCCUCCCUGUUCAAAAAACACCCAGCGUGAUAUUUUGACAAAAUAUGCAAAAUUUUGCAGAAUUCCCCCAGGAGUAAUCUUGUGUAUUGCUGUAUGUAUGCAAAUGUUUAUUUUUCAAAGGGCUACAUUGUAAUUCCUCUUUUUGAUAAAGUGGAUACUUGGACUGUUACUCUUGUGGUGUUUGAGUACUGACAGUUAGGAUGCAAGCUUAAUUCCAUUGCAAAAAAAGAUUAGCCCUGCUCUUCAUGCUCUAGGGAAGAGAAGAGCAAAAAAAUCUGCCUAUGGACUGUAGUGCGACUGGGUGGCUUUUUUACUUGACCCAAACAUGACACAUCAACUUCAAAAUCUAUUUUGGUAAACUAAUUUUUUUUAAUUUGGCAGAAUAUUUUGAUAUUUCCCAGUAGCAGAACAGUUUUGGAAACACCCUGUAAGUAAUUUUGUAGAUGGUCUUGUUCUUUUGCUUGUCAGAGAGAGAAAAAGAUGCACAGGAGAGUAUGGGAUAAAAUUCUGCCCAUAAAUGUGCAAGCAUAGUUGUCAUUGGUCCCUGUGUCCUGUUUGCAAUACCUCUAUCUCCUAUUUACUUAGGAGUUAGGGCCACUUAGAAGUCGGCAGGAACUGUGUGUGAGCAUUAGACCGUGAUUAUUUAGAACCUGAGCCUGCAAAUAGAUUUUUUGGUUUGGGUGCUGAACUGAAAAGUUUAAAAAAAAAAAAAAAAAAGGGGGGGGGGGGGGCAAACCAAGCCAAUUUUUUGAAAUUUUUAAUCAAACAGAAACUUGGAAAACUUUCAUUUCCAAUUGACUGAAACAUUUCAGGUAGAGUCAAAACAGUCUUUUCGUGUUUAUAUUCGUUAUGAGUGUUUUUGUUUUCAUUUGGCAGUUUUGGGGUAUUUUUCACCCUCUUUUGUAGUGAUGCUUUUUUUUUUUUUUUUUUUUUUUUUUUUAAAUUGGCCAAAUUUGAUAAUGGAAUGCCAUUUUAAAGCAAAAUGUCAGAAAUGUUUCUAAAUGAUUGAAGUGAAAUGUUUUGACUUUUCCACACACAAAUUUCAAGAUGUUUUGGCUGAAACUGUUUGUCAGAUUUUACCCAAAUUCGGGAAUAGUUUUUGACGCUCUGAAAAAAGGCAUUUAUGGUGGAAUUUCUAUUAGCGGAAAUAUUUCACCCAAUGCUAUGGCUGAACGUAUCCUGUGAGGUGUUUUGAGGGCGCUCAUACUGUUGGGCCCAAGGGAAGCAAAGUACUUUUGUAAAUGUGCUUGAAUAACUAAGCCAAAAUUUGAAACUUUUUCUUGCACAGUAUAAGGGAGUAAAAACAGAAAAAUGAAGUUGUCUUAGUGGAUUAAACAUGACCAGGUAAACUGUCCUAGUGCACUUUAAUGCCUGCACAAUUUUGUUCAGUCUUUUUACUGCGAGCCUAUAAGUAUAUUUCAAAAUAAAUUUUAAAAUUUUCA